AUGGGACUACUCGCUGCUUCGCCAGCGACAUAUGGCGUCUUUCUGGUAUUGACCGCCUGCGCCUUGUUCAUUCGAUAUCUUGCCGCCGACCCGCUCCGCAAGUUCAAUGGCCCACCACUAGCAGCCUUAGUACCUUGGUUGUUCACAUAUCCUGCAAUGAAAGCAGAAUGGCACACGACGAAUCUGAAAUGGCAUCGAAGAUAUGGCUCCGCCGUCCGCAUCGCCCCCAACUUCCUAUCCUUCGACACGUACGAGGCCUUUUGCGAUAUCUACAGUGCGAAGGCCAACUUCCGGAAGGCUCCCGAAUACAUGGUCCUCAGCCCAAGCAGGCGAGGUAAUGCUGUAUCGACACAAGACAAGAAAGUCUCGCAGUUCAAACGAAAGUCCGAAGGCCCUUUCUUCGGCGACAAGAGCAUUCGAGAUCUCGAAGAUCGUUACGUAGACAAGGUUGCAAGUUUCACGACGCUGCUUUGCCCACUUGAGGGACCAGAUGGGCAGAAAUCGGCUUGGACCGAGCCACGGGACAUCUCCAAGUUCACUUCUUGGCUAACUUUGGAUGUUAUUACGGACCUUCUUUACGGCGAGUCGUUUGACCUUUUACACUCCGAAGAGAAUCGAUGGGUGCCUGAAACCUUCCGAAACGUCCAAUGGCGGAACCUUAUCUGUAUGAGCUACCCGACGCUGUUCAAGUGGAAAUUAGACAGGGUACUGUUGUAUCGGGCAAGGGAAGAGAUCAGUAGACUGGCGGCCUGGUCACUCGACAUAUGCCGGGCUCAAGCGAAGCGAUGUGCGGACGAAAACAGGCCGGAUCUCUUUACGAGCAUGAUGGCUGCGGAGGAAAAGCGAACCGGGAAUCCGGAUAUUGAGGGUAACAUCAAAGACAUCUGGGCUGAAAGCAUGUUUCUUUUGGCUGCUGGCUCCGAAUCGACCGCCACGACCAUGGCAAUAACUUACCACUACCUCGUUCACCAACCCGACCUCCUGGCAAAGGUUACUGCAGAGGUCAGAUCUGCAUUCUCCAACGUUGAAGACAUCCGCACUGGGGAGACUUUAGAUUCCUUACGCAUGUUCCAGGCCUGUAUCCUUGAGACCUUACGGAUAUCACCGGCGGCUCCGAACACUCUACCUCGCAUCGUUCCAGCAGGAGGAGCUACAGUUGACGGACACUUCUUGCCGGGCGGUACCACGGUUGGGACCUCGUUAUACACGAUGCAUCACAACGAGAAAUACUUCGACGACCCCGACUCUUUCGUCGCAGACCGCUGGCUCCGUCGAUUGGAGGAUUCUGCCGGCAAAGACAUCGCAUACCACCCCUCUCCUGGAUAUGCACCAUUCAGCAUGGGGACGAGGAACUGUCUGGGCUGGCGUCUGGCGUGGGCAGAAAUGACCGUUGCAUUGGCGCGAGUGCUCUUCUCUUUCGAUAUGCGCUUGACCAGCGAAGCACCUUGCUGUGCUACACGGCAACCUGGCAAGGCGUGUGAGCCUAAUGCUCCUGGCUAUAUCACGAUGUGCGCUGCCGGUGGUCCUUAUGUUGAGUUCCGACCUAGGCAGGGCUGA